UAUCAAUCUAAGUGUAUAUAAAGCUCCACACGAUCUCAUUCAUGACGCCAGCUACAGUUGUUAUUAACAUGAAGAUCAUAAUUUAUGUAUUGUGCAGUUUACUAGCCUUGACACAAGGGCGAUUUAUUGAACCAGGUGAUAUUCAAUCUAGAGUUGUAAAUGGUGAAAACGUAAAACUUGGCGAGAGACCUUUCCAGGUAUCUUUGCAAGCUUCAAGUCACUUUUGUGGUGGUUCCAUUGCAAAUGAAUAUUGGAUCAUUACUGCAGCUCACUGUGUCAGCGGACGUUCUGGAUCUUCAAUUAAUGUAAUUGUCGGCACAAUCAACCUUAAAAAACCUUACAAAUCGCAUCGAAGCGAGCAAAUCAUUAUUCACGAACGUUAUGCGUCAAGUGACUCUCACAGAAAUGACAUUGCACUAAUAAAGCUUGCCGAACCUAUCACUUUUUCAGACAGGGUUAAACCUGUAGAACUUCCUAAACCUUACACCAAAGUUAAAACUAACAGCUCUGCUGUUCUAUCAGGCUGGGGUGGUACCGUUAACACAUGGUCGCCCACGCCCGAUGACCUUCAAAAGGCAACUAUUUUUAUUGCUGACCCAGAGUACUGUAAUAAAAUCAUGAAAGAGAAGAGAAUGACCAUAUACCCAACCCAUAUUUGUGCCAAUGACCCAUCUAUACGCAGAGGACAGUGUAAUGGUGAUUCUGGUGGUCCUUUGACUGUCGAUAAUAAGUUGACAGGUAUUGUAUCCUGGUCUAUCAAGGAUCCAGACUGUGCUAGUACUAAAUACCCCGGUGUCUACACUCGUGUCUCUGAAUUUGUUGACUGGAUUUACAAAUAUAUUAAUUAAAUUCGCAUCAAUUCCUUGAUCAAUAUAGUAUAUUUUCUGGUCAAUUACUGUUAUACAAACGAUUAUUUUACAUUUUUUACUUUGUAC